AUGUCCUUUUUGAAUAGUUCUCCAUCUACGUCAAGCGCAUCAAGCACAGCUACGGGACAGGAGUUGGUCAAUGACAUUCUAGUCAACAAUCCACCUGAAGACUCAAUUGAGGAUAUAUCCUUCUCACCACAGCAAGAUCUACUUGCUGUUGCUAGUUGGGAUAAAAAAGUCCGAAUUUAUGAAAUAGACCCUAAUACAGGAAACAACCAAGGCAAGGCACUUUAUGAGCACAAUGCGCCUGUUUUUUCUUCCCGAUGGUCUACUGAUGGGACUAAAGUAGUCAGUGGUGGUGCUGAUAAUCAAGUCAAAAUAUUUGACCUUGCGACGCAACAACAACAACAAAUUGGACAACAUGAUGCGCCAGUGAGGUCAGUUAGGUAUGUGGAAUGUGGGCCCACCAAUACGCCAGUUGUUGCCAGUGGUUCAUGGGACAAGACUUUAAGAUAUUGGGAUAUGAGAUCGUCCACGCCGGUGAGUACAAUCAAUCUUCCUGAAAGAUGUUAUUGUAUGGAUGCAUCACAGAAAUUACUUGUCGUUGGAUGUGCUGAUAGACACAUUACUAUAAUAGACUUAAACAAUCCUCAACAAAUUUUCAAAACUACUCAAUCGCCAUUGAAGUGGCAAACGAGGACAGUUGCCUGCUACCCACAAGCCAAUGGGUUUGCCGUAGGAUCUGUUGAAGGAAGAUGUGCAAUUCAGUACAUUACAGAAGCUGAACAAAAAAAAUUUGGAUUUUCAUUCAAGUGUCAUAGAAAAUCAGGCAAUUCAUCUACUACAACGUUGCCACGUACAGCAUCAUCAACCAACUCCAGUGAAUCGCAAGCAUUCCCAGUCAAUGCAAUCUCUUUCCAUCCAGUGUAUGGGACAUUCAGCACUGCUGGGUCUGAUGGUACUUUUUGUUUUUGGGAUAAAGAUGCCAAGCAGAGAUUGAAACUGUUUCCCGAAUUGCCGGGUACUGUGUUAUCCACCGCCUUCAACAGGACCGGAUCUAUCUUUGCUUAUGCUGUGAGUUAUGAUUGGUCGUUGGGAGUUCAAGGUAAUAGACUGGAUUAUCCUACUUUUAUCAAAUUACACCCUACUAAAGAUACUGAGAUUAAGCAAAAGAACAAGAGGUAG